AUGAAGGUCCACUCGUCAUGGCGAUACACAUCGCCCCUCUGCCAGGUCGUCCUGGUCUCGUUCGUCUGCUUUGCCACCGUCGGCAUGUUCAGUGCCGUGUCUAACCUCGGUGCCGGUGGUACCCAGUCGAUCACUCUAUCCAACAUCACCAACGCCAUCCUCUACGCCCUUUUCGCGUUGACGGGUCUCGUUGCCGGUUCGUUCAACAACAUCUUUGGUCCCCGCGUCACCCUCUUCUGCGGUUCGCUCGGUUACGCUCUUUACCUCGCCGCUCUCUGGGUCUACCAGGAGAAGGCGCAGGACUGGUUCCUCAUCUUCUCUGGUGCCGUCCUCGGCAUGUGCGCUGCGCUGCUCUGGACUGCCCAGGGAUGCAUCAUGCUUUCCUACCCCCUCGAGUCCGAGAAGGGUCGUUCGUUCUCCAUCUUCUGGGCCAUCUUCAACAGUGGUUCGCUCAUGGGCGGUCUCAUCGCCCUCGGCAUCAACCUCAAGGCGGGCGGCCUCGACGCCGUCAAGGUCUCCACCUACAUCGCCUUCUUCGCCGUCAUCAUGGUCGGUGUCGCUCUCACCUGGACCCUGCUCCCUCCCAACCGCGUCGUCCGUACCGACGGUACCCUCGUCAAGAUUCAGAAGAGCAACACCGUCCGCGAGGAGGUUUACGCGCUUCUCAGCACCCUCAAGAACAAGCAGAUCAUGCUGCUCAUUCCCAUGUUCUUCGCCUCCAACUUUUUCUAUCCCUAUCAAGGCUCUAUCGCCUUCAAGUCGUUCGACUCAUCGGCCCGUUCAGUCAACGGUGUGGUUAAGUCGGUUGGUCAGAUCCUCGGUGCACUGAUCCUCGGUUUUCUGCUCGACAAGCUCCCCAUGCAGCGACGCAACCGUGGUCUUUGCGGCCUGGCCCUCACCGUCGUCUUCACCAUCGUCUCUUACAGCUGGGGUAUCAAGUACCAGAUCCCCAUCACCCGUGCUACCAAGUGGGAGCGCAAGAUCAGCUACAACGACGCUGCCUUUGCCGAGCCCAUGUCGAUCUUCAUCCUCUACGACUUCGGCGAUGCCUUCUACCAGGGUCUCGCCUACUGGAUCAUGGGUGCCAUCACCAACGACCCCUUCGAGCUCGCUCGUUUCGCCGGCAUGUACAAGGCGGUUCAGUCGGCCGGUGCUGCCGUCGCCUUCGCCAUGGACGCUACCGAGGUGCCUUACAUCAACGAGAUCGCCGCCGUGUUCGGUUUGAUGAUGUUCUCGUUCCCCUUCGCCGGCAUGGUCAUCUGGAACAUCCGCGACUCCAACUACGAGGUCGAGAAGGUGGUCUACGUCGACGAGGUCGCCGCCGAGAACAACAACACCAUCGCCGUCCUCGAGACCGCCAACCCGAACGCACCCGCCUUCGACCGCCAGUCGUCCGGCAGCAGCGAGAAGAAGAUGUAA